AGGAGGUCGCGGCGGCGGGAAGAUGUAAGUAGGGGGAAUCCGACCCCAUCCAAGCUUCGGGGGCCGCCCGCCAGGCUCGGCGGGGCGCAUCGUGGAGCCGGCCUGCUCCUCGGCCACGCGGUGACAACGGCGGCCUAGCGGCGCGGCACAGGGUUUGAGAAUAAAGAGUGUGGCCCGGGGCGGGCUGAGUGGGAGGCGCCGAGGCCGCGGCCCGGAAGUGGUCGGGGCCGCGCCGGGCGGAAGGGCGCCCUCGCUUCGUCCGCCUCUGCGGCGGGCCCAGUGAGGCCCCCGGAAUUCGGAGCAGCCGGGAACUCGGCCUCCGCCCUCGGGGCCCUCUCGCCGGGCUGGAGACCCAGGCCCGCAACGCCGGGCCCUACCCUGGAAGUGCUCGCGGCCCGGCGCCUGGACUGGGGAGUUGCUGCACUUUGGCGUAAAUUGCAAUCGAUUAGGGAUCGUUUCUCAGACUCAAGUUAGAAGUGAGAGUUCAGAUAAGUGAGGCCGCCAUUGCUGCUUUGAACACCUCAGAAGGGGAGAAUGGAUUUAUCAGGAGUGAAAAAGAAGAGCUUGCUAGGAGUCAAAGAAAAUAAUAAAAAGUCCAGCACUAGGGCUCCUUCUCCUACCAAACGCAAAGACCGCUCUGAUGAGAAGUCCAAGGAUCGCUCUAAAGAUAAGGGGGCCACCAAGGAGUCAAGCGAGAAGGAUCGUGGCAGGGAUAAAACUCGAAAGAGGCGCAGCGCUUCCAGUGGUAGCAGCAGCACCAGGUCGCGGUCCAGCUCUACCUCCAGCUCGGGCUCCAGCACCAGCACGGGCUCCAGCAGCGGCUCCAGCUCAUCUUCAGCAUCAAGCCGCUCAGGAAGUUCCAGCACAUCCCGCAGCUCCAGCUCCAGCAGCUCCUCUGGCUCUCCGAGUCCUUCUCGGCGCAGGCAUGACAACAGGCGGCGUUCCCGCUCCAAAUCCAAACCACCCAAAAGAGAUGAAAAGGAAAGGAAAAGGCGGAGCCCUUCCCCUAAACCCACCAAAGUGCACAUUGGAAGGCUCACAAGGAAUGUGACCAAGGAUCAUAUCAUGGAGAUAUUCUCCACCUAUGGGAAAAUUAAAAUGAUUGACAUGCCUGUAGAAAGGAUGCACCCCCAUCUGUCUAAAGGCUAUGCAUAUGUGGAGUUUGAGAAUCCAGAUGAGGCCGAGAAGGCACUGAAGCACAUGGACGGAGGACAAAUCGAUGGCCAGGAGAUCACUGCCACUGCUGUGCUGGCCCCCUGGCCUCGGCCACCCCCCAGGCGAUUCAGCCCUCCCAGGAGAAUGCUGCCACCGCCUCCCAUGUGGCGCAGGUCACCCCCACGGAUGAGGAGAAGGUCACGUUCCCCUCGGCGCAGGUCCCCCGUGCGCCGGCGAUCCCGCUCCCCUGGCCGCCGCCGCCACAGGAGCCGCUCCAGCUCCAACUCCUCCCGAUAAGCAGGGCCACCGAAGCUCUGCCCUGUGACUUGUAUCCCAUCCAACUCAACUUUUGUCACUUUCCUAGCAGAAGGAGGAUCGGUAGGAAAGAAAUCCCUCACUCAGGGGCAGGCUUCGAAGGUGAAGGCAGUUAAUUGCUACAUUUCCUCUGGCGGCAGGGUUCCGGCUGCAGGAGUGUUGUUGGUUUGGGGUCGUGCUUAUAAAGAUGCCCUCCAGUUUUCUGGCUAGAAAGCUUCCACAUUUCUAGUUCCUAAGAGUCAGUUUAGUGGCAAAGCCAGCAGGGAUGAGCAGGGGGCUCCAGGCAGUGGUACAGCCCCAGCCUGGGAGCAUGUUUUCCCAUUUCACAGAUGCCGUGGGGCCCAUCUGGUGGGCUGGUCGUGCCCUAACCUGUUGGCCUGCAGGGUCCGCUUUUACGCAGCUGCCAAUCCUGUUAGCGUGGCCCUGCUCCCCUGCUCGAGUCCUCUUCUGACCUCUAGGGCCAAAUACCCAAAAUGGUUCUUUUCACAUGUACUCAUGUGCGUGCACACACACAGACACACAAACCCACAAACCCACAUCUCCCUUUCUCUCUGAAACUGGUAAGUUGAAAGCCAGCUCUGUCGGGUCAUUACAGAACCCCCCGUUGUGUUGGUAUUCAUGGUGGUUGUGCAGGUUACCUUGGCAACAUGUACAUUGCUUUUUUGGCUUUUAUUGUACAGUCAGUACUAUACAUUUUCUGUUUUGAGUUUUGUAACUUUGUAGCAUUUUAGAUAAUAUUGUGUUUGUACUUUGUUGUGUAGAGAAAAGAAUUGUGUUGAAUAAACCUAGGAUUAGAGUGCAGCUCGA